ACACAAUGGACUCUUCAAUUUGCCUGGCAAUUCUCAAGGCAGGAGUACUGGACUUACUAUUUAACAAGCUUAACAAUGAGAAGAAAUCCUGCUCAGAACAAGGAGUUGCAGAGUUGGGUAGUAGGAAUAAAUCCAGUAAAAGUGAAUUCGUGGAUAUUGAUAGCCGCAAAAUACCCCUGGAGUAUUGGUCAGUUAUCUUGCCACUCUGCGGCACUCAAGUGCGUGAAAUUAAUGCCACGUGGAACAUUGCAAAUAAAAUUCCAUAUCGCUUAAUCUUGAAUGAGUGUCCGUACUUGGAAUCUAUACAGUUUAAUGUAAAUAAUAAUAAUUGGUUAGAGAUUAUCUCCCUACUACUCGAAGCUAAGAGUUUGAAGUCCGUUUAUCUGCAUAUAAGUAAGGAUUGUAAAGUCUCUGUGGAUAUUUUAAAGGUCUUGAGGCGGCUUCCAAAACUAACUAAACUAUUUUUACAUGGCUUGGACCCAAAAGAAGUUUAUCAGUUACAAAAACUAAUUCAUUUGGAAGAUCUCAGCCUUUCCCUAAGAAAAGAUUCUCCUCCCAUCAAUAUAUUUGAAAAAUAA